AUGUCGAAAGGAGAAGGGUCCAAGGCGCUGAAGAACCGGGGCAAUGUGGACCAUGAACCGGGCUGGUUCAACAACGUCUCAUCUCAAUACAAGGACAUCAUCUCCAAAAGUCGUCUGCUGCAUUCAGGAUCUCCUUCUAUCUACCAGCUGAAACCAAAGAAAAAGACUUAUGAAAAUCUGACAAAACUGACUGUUGGAGAAAGAAAUGUGAACAAGGUAAAUAAAACCAUCUUACUUGUAGGAGAAACAGGAACAGGAAAAUCUACUCUGAUCAAUGCUCUGGUCAACCACACCAUGGGAGUGGAGUGGGAGGAUGAGGUCUGGUUUCAGAUCGUAGAGGACGAGAAGAGAAGUCAGACAGAAAGUCAGACAUCAGAUGUGAUCGUAUACCAGGUUUUUGAUUUUAAAGAUGAAACUCUGCCCUACUCUCUGACCAUCAUCGAUACUCCUGGAUUUGGAGACACCAGAGGAGUUGAACGUGACCUCAUGGUCAUUCAAAAGUUGUUGGUCUGGUUUCAAUCAGAUGAUGGAGUUCAUGAAGUUAAUGCAGUGGGUCUGGUGAUGAAGUCCAGUGAAAAUCGACUGAGUGACCGACUGAAGUACAUCUUUGAUUCAGUGAUGUCUCUGUUUGGAAAAGGCAUAGAGAAAAACAUCGUAGCUCUCAUCACACACUCAGAUGGAACAUAUCCAGAAAAUGCUCUUAGGGCUCUUGAAGCUGCAAAUAUCAAAUGUGCCAGAGAUGAGGACAAUGACCCUGUUUUCUUCCUGUUUAAUAACUGCCUGGACAAACAGAGAACAAAGAAAGAAAAGGGUGGGUUACAGAAUGCAUGGAGAACAACAGAUGGAGGAAUGAGUGAGUUCAUGACCUUCCUGGAAGAAACUGGACCUCAGAAGCUGGAUAAAACAGUUGAAGUGUUGAAGGAACGAGACAGACUGACAGCCUGCAUCCAAAACCUGGAAGAGAGAAUCAAGUUUAUUGAAGGAAAACAGACAGAAAUCAAACAGGUUGAAGAAGCUCUGAAGAAACAUAAAGAGGAGAUGAAGAAGAACAAGGAGUUCACUGUGGAAGUUGAUGAGACCUACAAAGAUAAACUACCUAUCAAAGGUGGGAUGUGGGGGUUACAUUUUUUUGAAGGAGCUGUCACCUGUAAUGUCUGUGAAGAGAACUGUCACUAUCCUGGAUGUACAAUGGCACCAAGUCCUCAAGAAUGUAACAUCAUGAAAGAUGGCCGCUGUACUUCAUGUACCGGGAAGUGUCCUGUACACAAUCAUGUGAAACAAGAGUGGAUCUAUGUGACCAAGACAAGAAAAGUGAUGAAGACUGAAGCAGAAAUGAAACAGAAAUAUGAAGAGAAUCAGGCAAAAAGUGAGGAGAAGUUGAGUAUUUUGGAAGAUCUGAAAACAGAAAUGAAUCAGCUGAAAGCAGAUAAAACUCGAGUCCUGGAGGAGGCCUACCGACAUGUUGUCAACCUGAACCAGAUCGCUCUGAAAGCUCAUUCAGGUUCCACCUCCGUCCACCUGGACUUCCUGAUUGAGAAGAUGAAGGAGAAAGGAGACAGAGUGAAGGUCCAGGAGCUGGAGAAGAUGAAAAAAUGCCAGGAUGAAGGAAACAAAGGAGCAGUGCAGUCUGUGUGGGAUAUACUAAAAACAGCUGGGAAAGCUGUGAAAGAAUGGAUGAUAUGAAAGACAUCAGGCUGAGCAGACAGACAGAGCAGCAGCUGGACAUUUACCAUGAAGAUGGAGGAAACUAAUGAUUAUAAACCACAGCUUGUUUUAACUCUCAUGUAAUCAGUUGAUCAGAAAAUAGAAAUGUUUUCACUGUUUGAGCUCCUCCUGACUGUUAAAAAGCUCCAUCAGGGUCUCAGGACCAAAAGCUUUAAAGCCUCCUACACAGACGGGAAGAUGUGGAAUAUUUUAGUCUUUCUGAUGUUUGUCUUCUUUGAUUGUUUUUAAUGUUCUGUAGACUUUAAUGAUGUUAAAGCUCCUUGUAACUCCACUUAUAAAGAUAAUAAAGGAAUAAAGGUAGUGAUUGUGAAAUGUGAUGACCUGAAUCAGCUCCAGACUAACAUGAAUCAGCUUCACCUCCUUCUGAUGAUCAUUUAUGAAACACAUUUAUCUGCUGGUGAAAGGAGCUGUGGCUUUUCCCUCUGUUUCUGCAUGUGGACCAAGAGUUCAUACUGAGAUCAAUCACACUGUAAACUGAUCAAUAAAUAAAGCUGAUCAAUGA